AUGCUCGGCAGCCUUCUCCUUACUCUCUCCGUCGCGCUGACGGCGCUCGCUGGCCCUGUCCCGCCCAAACCCGGUCAGGUUGAGCCAGGUCAUGAGAGCAUCUUCUUUGUUCCCGUCAAGGUACAGGACGCCGGUCUUUGUCUCGACGACGAUGUCGCGGGCAACCUCGGCGAGCCCGUCACGGCGUCGCAGUGCCGGGGCGACUUCGGUUCGUGGAUCUGGAAGCCUCUCGAGGACGGUUACUACCACCUGACUCUGCUCGGCUUGGACCGUUGCGUCGGCUUCGACCUCCGAGACUUCUCGAGGGAGCACGGCUCUCCGCUUAUGUUCACCGAUUGCACCACUCCCGAGUACAGCAACCGUUGGAUCUGGAAGGGCGACAACCUCUGCACGGAGGAGAGCGGCGCUUUCUGCAUCGGUUUUGGCGCCGAAAAUGGCGGCAAGACCCGUCUCCGCACAAGCCCCAACGCCAUCCCUCUGACUUCUGUCGUUAUUGGCACUACUGCUUAA